GUUACGCAUCACAAGAAGCGAUGGAGCAGCAGCAGAAAGUUAAAAUCAACAGAAACAGUUUUAUGAAUAAUUACAGAACCGCUGACUGAGGUUCUGAUGGGCGGGACCAUCUGCUCCGGAUCCACUCGCCCCGCUGCGAAUCAGAGAUCGUCUCUGCCGACAGAGCGCCCGGCGCUCCCGUAUAAAACCAGGAGGGGGCGACAGGGCGGCAGCAGGCCGAGGAACCGCAGAAGAAGAACCGCUGAUCCGAACCGACUCCUCACCAUGCCUCCUGCCGCGGACCUGGGCCGGGCUCUGUGCGUCAUCACCGGGGCCUCCAGAGGCUUCGGCCGGGCCGUGGCCCUGGACCUGUGCCGCCUGGUUCGGCCCGGUUCGGCGCUGGUUCUGGUGGCCCGCUCCGGGGCCGACCUGCGGGCCGUCCGGGCCCAGCUGACCGAGUCCGAGGCGGGCCGAACCGGACUGAAGGUGGAGCUGGUGGAGGCGGAUGUAGGGAAGGAGGAGAGUCUGGAGAAGAUCGAGAGAAAAAGCAGAGAAGUUUUUAAUGAUGAAAUGGAGAAAAUAAUAGUGAUUAAUAACGCUGCUUCUCUGGGCGACGUCUCUAAGUUCGUGACGGGCUUCACGGACUUGGCCGAGGUGGACGCCUACCUGUCGCUGAACGUCAGCUCCGCCAUGUGCCUGACGGCGCGGCUGCUGCAGGCCUUCCCGCCGCGCGCCGGGCUGCGCCGCUGCGUCAUCAACGUGUCGUCGCUCUGCGCCCUGAAGCCAUUCCGCUCCUGGAGCCUUUACUGCAGCGGCAAGGCGGCGAGAGACAUGAUGUUCAAGGUCCUGGCCGAGGAGGAGCCGGAGCUGCGCGUGCUCAGCUACUCUCCAGGACCGCUGGACACUGGGAUGCAGGUGGAGGCCCGGACCAAGACGGCCGACCCGAGCAUCAAGAAGACGUUCUCCAACAUGUUCGCUCAGGGUCAGCUGCUGACCUGCGAGGCGUCUUCUGCCAAACUGAUGAAGCUGCUGCUGGAGGACAAGUUCACCUCUGGAGAUCAUGUCGACGUCUUCGACGUGUAGCCGCUGCUCACUGCCAACUCGUUUUAUUGUAGCGUCGAUGUUGUGAUGAAACUUUAUAAUUGAUGUAUCUUAAUCCUGUCGCCGUGGAAACGUUUCAACAUGCAGAUUAGCUGUUACCAGAUGUUGGUGACGUCUGACCAGAGGCAGAUUGUUCAUUUCAUUUAGCGUUCGGCAAAUCAGGAGAGAGCUGACUAGUGUUAGCUUUAGAGAGGCUAGUGACUAGCAUACCAAGGCUGAUCACCUACUAGCAUACUUUCUGUUUCUGUUGCACGUUAGCCUUGGAUAGGAUAGCCUAUGCAAUGCUAAUCCUAGCCUAGCUGUGCUAAUUUCCAACAGAAGAAGGAGGCUACCCACUAGGUGUCCAUCCUGGACAUGCUAGUUGUUAGCCUCUCCAGAGCUAAUACUAGCUAGUACUCUCCAGAGCUGAUUGAUCAGUUCCAGAUGUCGGCGGAUCAAUCGGAUCAGAAACUGGGUCCAGAAUAGAACUAGCCUCCUGCUACAAGGAAGUAGCUGCUGCUGGGUCACAAUAGUCUUAAAUUUGGCACUAAUGUUACGCCGUAGAGGUAGAUGUGAUAAACUCAGAACCAGGAUCCAGAACCUGGAACCAGAAGAACUUUCUUAAAACUGAUUUGGUUUAUUGGAUCACAGAGGAACCAGAGAGGAUUGGAGGAAACGGACCGAGAUCCGAAAGUCAAGGUGAAAAUGAGAGGUUCUGUUCUGGUUCUGUUCUGGUUCUGUUCUGGACCAGAAGCUGCAGUGGAGUCAGAAUGACAGACUUGAUGUUGGACGGCGUCCAGAUCAAACAGAACCUCAUUAAAGUUUAACCGAGUCCAAACCGAGCAGCUUGGACUUUAAGUUCAACCGGCUGCAGACGCUCCGCCAUCUUGGUUCUCCAUGCUGGUUCUCUGGUUCUGGACGGGUUUCUGUCCAGAAACCCGUCCUGAAGAGUGAAGCUGGAGUUCAAGUCUUUAGUAGAAGUUCUGCUGCAGCAUCAGAAAAUGACGUGUUUGGGGUCAAAGGUCAGGUUAGAGGCUUGACUUUAUGUCAGCGUUUUCAUUGUCUGGCGGUACCGGUCCGGUCAUGAAUCUCUGGAACCAGUUUGAAGAUUCGGCUCUAAAAUGUUAUUUCCUCGUCGCCACUGGAGAUGAAAUUUUUCCUGUUUUAGUGAAAACAUUCCAUGUUUAUGGUGCCUUAAAAGGGUCAGAGGUCACAGAACCUUCCAGACUGUUUGAAUAUUAACUCAUGAACUGAUCCAUGGAGGUUAUUGACAGAAAACUUUAUUUUUCUGAGAUGAAUUUGUUAAUUGUUGCUUUUGCCCCAAUUAUAGAAACUUUAAAUAUUA